CCCAGCUGUUGAGCCUGUGCCAAAAGGCAGGCUCAAGGGAUGCAGUUGGAACUUGGCAAUGAGGGCCAGCCCCUUGCAUCCAAACACUCAUCAAGGACUGCAAAUCCUAUCUCUGUAUUAUGGAUGCCUUCGGUCGGCGAGGCUUCUCACAAGUGGUUGGCCUCAUAGACGGGUGCCACUGCCUCAUCAUACCUCCCUUGGGGCAGAGGAGCGUUUUUGUGAACAGAAAGGGCUCCUAUUCUGUCAUCCUGCAAGGGACAUGCGACCACACAGAAAGGUUCAUGGAUGUGGAGCUCGGAUGGCCAGGGUCAGCCCACGAUGCCAGGGUGGCAAGGAAUUCUAUCAUCUUCGAGGCCAUGGAGGCUGGCAUCUAUGUGGAAGGGAACCCCAGCACCAACAUCAGAGGCCAGCAGAUUGGGCCCCUCAUACUGGCUGACACUGCCUACCCCAUUCGGAAGUGGCUCAUGAAGCCCUUCAAGGUCCCCCACACUCCCAAACAGAAGCUGUUCAACAAGAAGCUGAAUCAUGUGAGGGGGGCUGUGGAGAGGUCAUUUGGCAGACUGAAGGUGAGAUGGCGCUGUCUCACUGCCCCACUGCUGGUGGCAGAUGAGAACGUGGUGCCCAUCCUUGCCUCAUGCGCCAUUCUGCACAACAUCUGUGAGACCAAGGGCAGGGUCCUGGAUGAGGGGAUGCGAUAUAGACACCGUUUUGUGCUGCCCACCCUGGGAGCAAUCACGGCGGCUGAAGAGACUAACAAGCAGAAAGAAGGGAUGGCUGUGAGGAAUGCCCUGGCAGAUUUCUUUCUGACAGGGAGAAUCUGAAGCAUGGCUUCUGCGCCAUCUGUGAUGCCAGAGUACAUUGUAGUGUAAUAGCAUAAGCAUCUG